AUGACUACUCCUACUAAAUCAGAUAUACCCACUUCAGCUUCUAUGGGUAAUAUACCACUGACUUCCGUGAAAUUAAAUGGCAAAAAUUAUGUCUAUUGGGCACGUUCUGUUGAGGUAUCCUUGCGCGGGAAGGGUUUGUAUACUCAUUUGCAAUCAGGCAAACCGACUGAUUUUACUUCCACCAGCCUUUGGGAUCAGGAAGACAAUCAGAUUAUCUCUCUUAUGCUGAACAGUGUUGAACCUCACAUUGGAUCCUCGUGUAUUUAUCUUCCUACUGCCAAGGAUAUUUGGGAUCAUCUUAGUCAUAUGUAUUCUGGUACUGGCAAUAUUACUCGCAUUUAUGAAGUCUGCAAACAAUACUUUAGACUCGAGCAAGGUGCUCAGCCUGUGGACGAGUAUUACAAUCAGGUUGUGGCCAUCUGUCAGGAGCGGGACAUGUAUCAACUACUCUCAACUGAUCUACAGAAAAUGGGCAAGCAACGUCAAGAUGUGGAUGUGGUUCGGUUUCUUCUUGGUUUGAAACCUGAGUAUGAGUCAUUUCGUGCACAGAUCUUGGGUAGUUCAGAUCUCCCAUCUCUUCCUGAGGUUUUUUCUCGUAUUCAGCGUGCUACUCUAUCUGAUCAUGGCCCUGUGUUGAAUUCUGACCGUGAGGGUGAUCGCGCUGCUUUUAUUGCUGCCCGUGGUGGUUCUGGUAGUUCCCGUGGAGGACGUGUCAGUAGAGGUGGUCGUGGUUUUCGCGGUGGACGUGAUUCUCGAGGUAGUGGUCGUAUGGGCGGUCGUGGGUCUCGCAAAUGCACUCAUUGUGGCCGAAACAAUCAUUCUGUGGAUUAUUGUUGGGAUCUACAUGGCACACCAUCUGGGUUUGCCAAUCAGGUGUCUUCUCAAGCAGAUUCUCUAGCCACCUCUGGACCCCCUGCUCUGUCCAGCCUCAAUUUGGAGUGUGAUGUCAUCUCCAUUCCGAAAGAUGAGUAUGCUCAGUUCUUGGCCCAUAAGCAAGCUUCUUCCUCUUCCACUGCUACUCUUGCUCAGUCAGGUACUGCAUCUCACUGUCUUUUAUCCUCCACUAGCAACCCAUGGGUUAUCGAUUCUGGCGCAAAUGAACACAUGACUGGAUCUCAAGACGAAGAGGAUGAUUGGUAUGGGGCAUGAAGUUGGUGGCUUAUAUUAUCUGGACCUCGCACCUAAAACCGCCUCUCGCGCUUUGCAGUCCUCGGCCUCCGCUCUUCAAUGGCAUUGUCGUCUUGGUCAUCCGUCUCUUCCUACUUUGAAGCAUCAAGUCCCAAGUCUUCGUUCUGAGGUGUCUGUGUCUUGUGAUGCUUGUCAGCUUAGUAAGCAUCGUCGUGUUUCUUUUCCGUCUAGAGUUGUCCGUAGGGUUUC